AUGUCUUUGAAUAUCUCCAAUGUUCAAAGUUCCUCAAGAGGAGAAGUUUCAAAUUCGUCCCCACAAUCUCGCGAGAAGAUAUUGGACGAUGCUCGCAGAGCGGUCGAUGAGAGCUGCCAAAUGUUUGAAAAAGCCCACGAAGGAGUUUAUGGGCUUCACUAUGAACUUUUGGCUGCAUAUGAACAGGUGGAGGCUUUCGAGAGAAAGAUUGACGAAGGAGGAAACAAUUCGACACUGCAAAAACUCCAGAAACAACUUCGUGCAGCUGAGAUCGAGGUGGAAAAAGUUCAGCUCCGUCUUGAUGUGGCCGUUAUAGAGAAGAGAGAAUUGUAUAAGCAAAUGUAA